AGAAGAUUAGGCCAACGGUUUAUCUUCUCUCUUCUUCUUCCUCUCUCUGCGUUUGAUUCUUCAAACCAAAUCAAAAACAAAAAAACAAAUCCUUUCUUUAUAAAUAUAAUCAAAAUGGUUUGAUUCUUGGUCGCCAUCUCUCGCCCAACUUCACCUUCUCUGACAUAAUCGCAACACCUUCCUUUUCUUCUUCGUGAUCAUCUUCUUCUCUCGUUUCUAUAUCUACUCUAUAAACGUGAUCUCCCUCUUAAAUAUUUUUUUUGUUCAUUUCACACAAAAACCCUUUUAAAAAAUUGUUACUUUUUCCUUCGUUCCUGGGUUUAGUUUCGAUUUGAAAUUAAGCUUUCGUCUGUAAAAACAGAAUCUUUUUUUGUUUUUGUGUGAAAUCGUGGAGUUCGUGUACGGAGCUUAGUUUGCCUUUUUGAUGGUUGCAGAUAAGGUCUAAAUCUUGAAAAGCUUGGAAAAGUUUCCAAUGAAUCCUCGUUAUGAAACAUCUUCUGAUAACAUCUCGAUCACUAUUUCAUCAUCUUCUUCGUUGAAUACCACACCUCGAGGUCAUGUGGUUGUAGCUGCUAGUGAUGCUCAAGAGAGGGCUCCAUCUUCGUUCUACAUAAGAUUAGCUAUGAGGGUAUCUAGAGCUAGAUGGUUCAUCUUCUUGAGAAGAGUGUUUCAUUACCAGAACGGAUCAAGAUCUGAUCUUGGAUCUAAUCCUUUCAAUUCUAGCACUUGGAUGAUGUCUGAGCUCAUUGCUCUGCUUGUUCAGCUCACUGUGAUAACACUCACACUAGCUAUCUCCAAAGAAGAAAGACCAAUUUGGCCAGUAAGGCUAUGGAUUACAGGCUAUGAUGUGGGUUGUCUCCUUAGUCUUAUGUUGUUAUAUGGUCGAUAUCGUCAACUAGACGUUCAACAAGGAAAUGGGUUUGUUCUCGGCGAUAUUGAGCAGCAACAGAGAGGCAGAGAAGAAAACAGGAGCUCUCGUUUGAUGAACAAAUGCAGAACAUCGCUAGAGCUUUUCUUUGCUAUUUGGUUUGUGAUUGGGAAUGUUUGGGUGUUCGAUUCUAGAUUCGGUUCUUUCCACCAUGCACCUAAGCUUCACAUCCUCUGCGUCUCUCUUCUAGCGUGGAACGCUCUCUGUUAUUCUUUUCCAUUUCUCCUCUUCUUGUUCCUCUGUUGCCUUGUCCCUCUCAUCAGUAGUCUCCUUGGAUACAACAUGAACAUGGGAUCUUCAGACAGAGGAGCAUCAGAUGACCAAAUCUCUAGUCUUCCUAGCUGGAAAUAUAAACGAAUCAACGACAAAGCUUCUGAUUCUGAGUCUGAUUCAGCUCCUGCAACCGAUGAUCCAGAGUGUUGUAUAUGUUUGACAAAAUAUAAAGACAAAGAAGAAGUAAGGAAGCUUCCAUGUUCACACAAGUUUCACCUCAAGUGUGUAGAUCAAUGGCUUCGAAUCAUCUCUUGUUGUCCUCUCUGCAAACAAGAUCUUCCAAGAUGAAAAAAAAAUAUAAACCCUAAAAGAAGACAAAAGAUUAUGAGUCAAAAUCUCUAAUUAAGUUCGAUACCUUUUUUUUUUGUUUCUUCUCUCAAAUGUUUCUUUUUUUUUCAUUUUUUUUUGUUUUGAUUUGAAGCAAGUUGGUUACUUGUGUGAGUGUCCAAAAUUUUGUACAGAGAGCUCACCAGUAAUCGUAAAGUACAUUGUGAGGAGAUACAAAUCACAAUGCUACAACAUUUAUAGAAUAUAUCUUUAUGUAGUGUUUC